GCUUCUAAUUUUAAUUAAAAAGUUGAAGUAACCCAGAGUUCAAUGUUUAUAUUACUUUGGCCUUAUAAGUGAAUUGGAUGCUUUGGAUAAAAAGUACAUCUGUCAAUGGAGUUUAUCAAUCUGUAAAGGAUAUGACCAAGCUUCUUGCAGACACUAAUUUUUGUAACAUUCUCACUUGCAGUAAAUGAAAAAUGUAACAGGAUUGCAAGAAAACGUGAAAUGAUCAAUUGAAAUGACGGAACAAUAGUUAGAACACCAAUAUACUGGAUGUUACCGUGUAUGCACUUGGUGUAUUCUGUGGAAGUAUUUUAUAAAAAUUCUGGAAAGAGAUGAUAAAUAUGACGUAUAAAGUGAGACAGAGUUUGUAUAUGACAUUUUCAUCAAUAACUCUGUAACCGUGAUGUGUUCAUUGUUAUUUCGAAGACACAAUAUAUCUGAAAUACCUUCGUCUAAAUGUCAUAAUCGUCAUAGUAACGUUGGUUGCAAAUGGAAUAUGAGACUUUUACACAUCGUUCUAUGCUGUGUCUUUCUUAUCGUGGAUUUUCAGGUGACCAAUGUUGACAUUCCUGCAGAUAUUCCAGUCCAGCCUCAAGUUAAACACACUCAUUCCUCAGAACAGGUGACUGAGACUGUGUCUCCAGUUGAAGAUACUGAACCUUCCAUACAAGCAUCUUCCAGCCUGUCAACAAGUCUAACUGUCGACCAAUCAGAAGCAAGCAGUAUUAAAGAGGGAACAUCUUCAUCAACACAAAUAGAGCCUAGUUUUAGUGAAAUACAAGGGACCAGUCAAACAGAACAGUAUUUGAGUGAAUCUGUGACACAGUCUACAUCAAUUAUCCACUCUGACGUGGUUUUAGAUAAACCAGCUGAUGAUAUUGAAACAGAUAGUGAGAAAAGUGUUGAAGACCAAAUACAAGUACCAGUUCCUGUAGAACAGUCUGAUAAUGAUGUAGCAGAUGGUGCUGAGGUCAAGGUCACUGAAAAGCUCCAGGACACUGUAACAGAAGAAGAGACAGAACCAAGCCAAAAUGCUACACAGUUUAAGGUGCAGGAUGACGUUAGAGAGGAAACUGUUACCCUUCCACCACAGAAACAGUCAUCUACGCCUCCUGUAGGCGAGCCUGGAGCAGAUAGUGAGGUAGCUGAAGUUACUAGUGAAGAAAAACAGGAAGAGGAGGGGCUUACAUUCAAUGAAUGGACACAGAAAGUUCUAGCUGAAGCUGAGAAAGGCAAACUUGAAGCUAAAGAUGACACACAGAAUGUCCAGUUGCCUCCUGUGAAACAAAGGAAGAAGAAGAAUUAUGCAUCUCAGGAAUGCGGGGCCAAAAUUCUUGCCAGUAAUCCAGAGGCUUCCAGUCCUAAAUCUGUUCUUAACUCAAAUAGGGAUGAAUACAUGAACAACCCGUGCAAAGCUAAAAAAUGGUUUGUAUUAGAGUUAUGUGAACCAAUACAGGCACAUUCCGUGGAUAUAGCCAGUCUAGAAUUGUUCUCAUCACAACCUAAAAAGUUCAAGCUGUUUCUAAGUGAUAGAUAUCCAACAAAAGACUGGAAAUUGGCUGGAGAAUUCACUACAAAAGAUGAACGUUCUAUCCAGACAUUCACACUUACUGAAGCUGAAGAUUAUUUUGCUAAAUUUGUACGUGUAGAACUUACAGAGCAUUAUGGGAGUGAACACUUCUGUCCUCUAACAAUAUUCAGGAUGUUGGGUAUAGCUGUAGUUGACUACGAGAUUGAUCAUCAUGAUUUAAAUGUAGAUGAUGAUGAUGAUGACAGUGAUAAUGAUGAAAAUGUAGGGAGUGAUACUGAAGCAGGAUCUAAAAACCUGUUUACAAGUGCUAAAGAUACUGUGAUUAAUAUUGUAAAGAAAGUGCUAAAUGUUGAGUCGGAAGAGGAACAACUAAUCCACAAUGCUACGCAAGUGAAUAUAACAAGUGGUGUAGACAAUUCUGCCAUGAAUGGAACAGCUACAUUAUCAGAUGAGGAUACACUUCCCUGUGUCCCUGAUGUUACAAGUGGUGGUACUGAGGAUGAAUCAUGUGUUGGAAAGAAAGAUGUAGAUCAUUCAGAGAAAACACUUCCAUUGACACCUGAACCUGGUAAAACUGACAGUGUGAUAGUUGUGAAGUUAGAAGAUGAUGAACAGGUGGAAACAACACCUGAAACAGCACCCGGAAAAUCUCUCCACACUCAUAUACAUGACUGUUUUCUUGCCAUGCACAAUCUUGCUAAUUCAAAGAAAAAACAUUCUGUUAUUCAGUCUAAAUUUUGUGAGUUAUUGUAUCUGAUCAAAAGUCAACGUCCAGUUGAACAGCUGUCUAGAAACAGAUCAAAGAAGAAAAGUGACGACAUCAGAGAAGUGAAAGAAGAGAAAAAUGAAAUUGUGAAACCACUGGAUGAAAUUUCUAGUGUUAAAGAAAAGAUAAAUACUACUGUGCCAUUAGAUGUGACUCAUGUUGAACCAGUUGAUUCUAUUUCUACGAUAACUGAUUCUGGCAUUGAAUCUUCUGCUACUUCUUCCUCUGAUUUUGUGCAAAGCACUGAGCUUCCAGAAUCAAAACUUGUGUCUAGUAUUGAUUCAGAAAAAUCAAAAGUAUCUGAAACAGCAAAAUUAAGUCCUUCAACUACCUCAACAUUUGUUCAGGCAACCUCAACAGAAGACAUCACUGUUUUGACUGGUACCCAAGUUUUAUCUUCUACACAGUCUGUGGACCAUGCUUCAGAAAAACAAGCUGGUUUUCAAGCUUCAUCAGCAUUUGAUCAAAAAGUGCCUCCUGAGUUAGAAACAACUGAGCCCAGUCCAACUUCAGUAGACACACCAAGGGAGGUGACUACUGAAACAUCAUGGGAAGCUACUCCAGUGUUACCAGAGAGCUGGAAACCAGACACCAAAGAUUUAAUGCAAGACAGAACUGAAACCCAGAGCCAGAAGACAUCUGACAGUAUACCAGCACAAACUGAUACUAAACAAAAGCCCGAACCAACAUCUGUAACAAUACAGUCGGAAGAGACCAAAGUUGUUCCUGCAUCUAACGGUGAAUCUAUACAGCCUACAGAAGGUGCUGAUACAGGUGUCAGUAGGACAAAUGACAUUCGAGAUGAACUCGAACUGCUUGUUAGAGAUACUGUUGAGGAAACACCAGAACAAAAGGCCAACACAACUGUCAUUGAUGAAAAGGUUGUUGUUGGAAGUGGUGGCCAACAGAAGCGUGAUGACCUGAACCUUGUCAAGCUUCCCGCGAUACCAAGUGGCAAACGUGAAUCGGCCAUCAUGAGGCUUAGCAACAGGAUCAAAGUGCUUGAACAAAAUGUCUCCCUUAGCAGCCGAUUUUUGGAAGAACUGAGUCGUCGUUACAAGAAACAGUCAGAAGAUAUGAUGAAGAUGUUGAACAAAACAAUGGCCACGAUACACAACAUGACUAUAGAAGCUGAUGUUAAGAACAAGAUACAUGAAGAUGAGAUGUCCGCUAUGGAACGUAGACUGGAGAACUUGACCCAGAUAGUACACCAACUUACUCAUAGCUUCGAUAACCUCAACAGACAGGUCACAGACAGACAGAUGAUCUGGACAACUAUUGAGAUAGCGAUCAUUAUCUUCAUGUUGUUAUUCUUACAUCUCCGGCCUAAAAAGGUCACUCUUCCACCGGAAGUCAGGUCUUUGAUUGAAUCAAUGCCAAGCAAGCCCACCACAUCACACCCGCAACGCCGGAACUCGCUGUCUGGACCUGCUACUCCAUCUAAAGAGAAAACGUUUGGAAAUCUUCACAGUGGAGGUGGUUUGCAAAGAUUUAGCAGUGAAACAGCUUUAGCAUCUGCAGACUUGCCGGAUAUUCAUCCAACAGAUUUAGUGUCCAAACAGGGUACAGAUGGAGUUAAAAAGAAGAAGAAGAAGAAAUAUAAAAUAUCAGGUAUUGGGGGUCCAGUUCAUUGGGAGAACUGGUCUACGCAAAAUUCUAGUCAGCAGCCUACAACCAAAAUGUCCCAGUCUAAGGAGACCAGUCUAAAGCCAUUGAACACAAGCAACCAGUCGAAAAAAGAAACCAGUCAACUUGUUAAUAAAAAUAACCAGUCUAAAGAAAUGUGUCUGCAUACUUCCUGCAGUAUGCCACAGACACAGUCUAGUUGUUUUGGAUCUUUAUUGAGUGGAUGGUCAGACACAUCUGUGACAAAACAGCGCAGUGUUUCGCUUGGAACUGAUGUUGGUGCAGCUUCAAAUUUUGCACCUGUUGAAGAAACAUUUCACCAAAGUGUUCAAAAAGAUGGUUUAGGGACCAAAACUGGAACUAAGGGACUGUCAAAGAAACCUCUUGUACAAGGAGGUUCAAAAAUCAGUCCUAAGUUAAAUUUAAAAAAUCCAAAAUUUUCAGAAACUGGAAGCAUAAAUGAGAGUUCGUAUAGAAAUGAAAUGAAAUUGGAUGAGAAAUGGGUUGUGAAAGGUCAUAGGCGUCAGAAAUCUUUACCUAAACAGCAUUAUUCAUCUGUUGAAACUGUAGGAAGUAUGAAUCGUGAUUGUGCGAGUAUUGGAUUGCAAGGUAACAUGAAACAUUCUGACACAAACCCCAUUCCAAAUAAAGUGCAAAAGAGAGGUGAAAUGAAGAAAUCUGUAAGUUUACCUGUGUCAUCUGAAAGUAAGUUUGAGAAGCUUCCUAUCUAUUCUAAAUCCUUUGUGAAUGGUCAUACCGAGUGUAACGGGGAGAUAUUUGAUGCAGAGCAGACAGAAAACUGUUACUCACUUGACAAAAGCAAGUCGGAUGUAUUUUGUUCAACUAAGUAUGGGGGAAAUGUGUUCAAUGAUGAGACUUUAAUUAAUGGAUCUCCAUGUACAAAUGGGGCUGACUGUCAUGAAAGUGUUUAUUCCAGUGUGAACCAGUUUAAUGGAUACAGAGAUGAAUGUGAUGGUAUAGAAUAUGACAAAACAAGUUUAGAACCCCUGGUUGUUGAUAACACAAAUUCCAUAAAGAAUGGUAAAAAUGGCACAUGGAAAAACAUGUUUGGGUAUUUCAGAUAAUUGGUUUAUAUGAUACCUACUUUGAACCGAAGAGGGAUGUAGGCAUUAACUUUGUGUCAGAAAUUUCUGACAAAGUCUGCUAAAAAAAACUUCAGUUUUAAUGGAGUUGUAGAGAUAAUUCUUAUGUUUGUAACUUUGUGGUAAGGCUUUGACUUCAUGUAGAUGUUGAUCUUUAAAUGUUUGAAAUUUCAACAUGUGAUGAUAUAUAUCGAUUUCACUACCAUGCAAUUCUCCAGUAUUUAUACACUGUUGAGGUAGUUCUGCAUGUUUUGAUCAUCAUCAUCAUCAUCAUCAUCAUCAUCUUCAGUUAUUGCCUCACUCUGUAAGAGUAUACACGCAACUAACAUCAUGGGAUAACAUAGAAUGAAGCCUGGACCAGGCCUACUUCUUCCUGAUUGUACCUUCAUAAGAAUAGUAAAAGGUUUCUUUCUAAAGAUGAAAAAUGAUAACAAAAAUUGAGACAUGUGAAUAAUUGGAAAUAGUGUAUUCAGAUCCACUUGAAUUUUGCAAAUCUCUUAAAUCUUUUGCAUAUAUCCCCAAUUAAGCUCACAGACCUUUACAUAUAAUAGACAAUAUGUUGAUUUACAACUGUUAAAAGUUUCAUUAAAUUCUAUUAAAAAUUGCUAUUUGUGAAAAUGUCAGUUGAGCACACUACCUUAUCUUUUUUAUUGGCUGAUUUUUCCUGGUAUAUUCUGAAGUAUUGAUGUUUUGGAUUUAAUUAAAUUCUACCUGGUUGAAAAAAAAUGAUCAGAAUAUGCAGAACUGUCUUAAAACAGACAAUAUACAUGUACAUUAUUAUUUUUUAUUAUUGAAAAACAAGAUGAUAUUUACAUUGAAUUCCAAUACAGUUGUCCUCUUGUAUAUAUUUUGAAGACACAUAUUUAAGUAUUUCUUCUGAAAAAGGCUUAAUUUAAUGAAAGUUCAAGUUAGAGUGGAUUUUCUGGAAACAGAGCACAGCUAACACCCCCAGUGCCAUACAUAGCAAGUUAGUCUCACCAGAAAAAGAAAAUGAUUCACUUGCAAGUCAUGUUUCUGAAAAGUGCUUUCUUUUCUGUUGUAAACAGGAAAAUCUCUUGUUGUUAAGGGUAUAGGAAUGAUUAUUUGGAUACUAUUCUUUUAUUAAUACAAGUUAUUUCUGCUUAUUUUUGGAAACAUUUUGAUGAUGAUAUUUGUAUUAUAUAUUAAUAGUAAGAACCUAUGUUGGGUAUUUGUGUUACAGGGCGGGAAAAAUCAUCGUCUCUUUGUGAAACUAUUUUAUCGACUUAAUAUGCCAAGUCAUAUACAGUCAGACUUCGUUAUCUGGAACUCGAUAGGACCUGCAAAAUUUGUUCAAGUUAUCAGUUGUUUGAGCUAUCGAACAGUACUUAUAUAGGAAUUUUUUGGAACCUGACGAUGACUUCGAGUGAUUUGUGAUGUUCGAAUUAUCUGAGUUUGAGCAAACAAAGUUCGACUGUAGAAAGAUCAGUGUUUAGUUUGACAUAUUUGUGGGGUUGAUUUUAUGAAUUUUAAACCAUCAUCAAAUAUCUUUGAAAGGUUCAUUAUUCUGGCAUAAGUAGCAAUUCAGUGGGGAUUGGUUUUGCAUUACAAUGUAUUUAAUGCCAAUUCAGCUUUUUUUCUUUUAUUAUAGAUUAUCAAUAUAGCACAGGGAGGGAUUUUUAGGUAAUUUCAGAAUUAAACAUUGCAUUAGUGUUUUUCAAAGCAAGUACUUAGAAUUACAUAUUUCUUGCCUUAGGCUCAUUUUCAUGCUAUAAACAUUUACCUUUGAUCAAUUGUUGUAGAACUUGAACCAUUACAAAAGUAAAUUUGCUACAAGUGUGGCAUCACACAUUCAUUCUAUCUGUUUAUCUUUUCUUACUAUGCCCCCUUUCGAAGAAGGAGGGGUAUAUUGCUUUGCAGAUGUCGGUCGGUCUGUAUGUAGACCAGUCCAUUUCCGGAUAACUCAAGAAUGCUUUGGCCUAGGAUCAUGAAAGUUGAUAGGGAGGUUGGUCAUAAACAGCAGAUGACCCCUAUUGAUUUUGAGAUCAGUAGGUCAAAGUUCAAGGUCACAGUGACCCUAAACAGUAAAACGGUUUCCAGAUGAUAACUCAAGAACUCUUUAGCCUAGGAUCAUGAAAGAUGAUAGGGAGGUUGAUCAUGACCAGCAGAUGAUCCCUAUUGAUUUUGAGGUCAGUAGGUUAAAGGUCAAGGUCACAGUGACCAGGAACAAUGAAACAGUUUCCAGAUGAUAACUCAAGAAUGCUUUGGCCUAGGAUCAUGAAAGUUGAUAGGGAGGUUGGUCAUAACCAGCAGAUGAUCCCUAUUGAUUUUGAGAUCAGUAGGUCAAAGUUCAAGGUCACAGUGACCCUAAACAGUAAAACGGUUUCCAGAUGAUAAUUCAAGAACUCUUUUAGCCUAGGAUCAUGAAAGUUGAUAGGGAGGUUGAUCAUGAUCAGCAGAUGAUCCCUAUUGAUUUUGAGGUCAGUAGAUUAAAGGUCAAGGUCACAGUGACCAGGAACAGUUAAACUGUUUCCGGAUGAUAACUCAAGAAUGCUUGGGCCUAGGAUCAUGAAAGUUGAUAGGGAGGUUGGUCAUGACCAGCAGAUGAUCCCUAUUGAUUUUGAGGUCAGUAGGUUAAAGGUCAAGGUCACAGUGACCCAGAACAGUUAAACGGUUUCCGGAUGACAACUCAAGAAUGCUUGGGCCUAGGAUCAUGAAAGUUGAUAGGCCAGUAGAUGACCCCUGUUGAUUUUGAGGUCAGUAGGUCAAAGGUUAAGGUCUCAUUGACUCUGAAUAGUUAAACCAUUUCCGGACGGUAACUUGAGAACACUUGGGGCUAGGAUCACAAAACCUGAUAGGGAGGUUGAUCAUGAUGAGCAGAAGACCCCUAUAGGUUUUGAGGUCAGUAGUUUAAAGGUCAAGGUCACAGUGACCAGGAAUAGUUAAACGGUUUCCGGAUGAUAACUCAAGAAUGCUUGGGCCCAGGAUCAAGAAAGUUGAUAGGGAUGUUAAUCAUGACCAGCAGAUGACCCCUAUUGAUUUUUUCAGGUCAGUAGGUCAAAGGUCAAGGUCUCAUUGACUCUGGAUAGUUAAACCAUUUCGGGACGAUAACUUGAGAAUGCUUGGGUCUAGGAUCACGAAACCUGAUAGGGAGGUUGGUCAUGAUCAGCAGAUGACCCAAUUGAUUUUGAGGUCAAUAGGUCAAAGGUCAAGGUCACAUGGACACAGAACAGUAGAAAUUUUGUGUACAGUGACCAAAUAAUUUCUGUUCCUUGUGCAAUUACUGAAUGCGUCAAGGGGGGCAUUUCUAUGAGCUCUUGUUUUAAAUCAGUUACUGGUAACUUUUUCUACUAUGAGAUUAUUAUGUGUUUUGUCUGACCAAAUUGUUUUUGUUUGUGUUCACUGUUACUAACAUGGAAGAGUUUUUUCAACCUCUUUCUUUUUAGUGUCUAUUUUAUUUAAGUUUACUUACAGUGGGGAUUGAUUACCCAUAUAGGGGACUCUUCCAAAAAAUUGUUAGUAAUCUUAGGUUUUGGGGAGAUACUGAAACACACAAAGAAAAUGUGUUUUUUUAUUUACAAAAGAUAAUAGGUAAGGGUAGAUUUCAAACAAGGUUUAACACCCUCAAAGGAUUUUGAUUUAAAGUAUCAUCUGAAUGUUUGUUAGUAAUUUUAUGUGGAGAAACAGGGGGGCUCAAAGUUGUGACCUCUGUGUUGGUUGUCUGGUGCUUUACCACUGGACUACAAACCUGUUGCUGAAAACAAUGCCAGACUGACACAUUUUCAGUGUAUACACAAAUGUAAUACUGGCAAAUGAUUGACCUGUGGUUAAUGAUACUAGACAUUCUGAGCCCAUUUGUUUCUUCUUUUUUUCUGCUUUCUGUAAUACUAUCAUCCUUAGUCAUCCUGGUUAUAGAUUAUAAAACUGAGUUUGGAAACCAUGCUCAAAAGUACAGUAUCUGAUUGGUUAGUCGUGGGCUCAGUCUUGAAAUUGACCAAUCAGAGGGCUGCAUUUUUGGACUGGUUUCAAGUGUUUUAUAUAUCAAAUGUUUUAUAAAUUAAAGGGACCCAAGUUCUCAUCCUUGAGAAUGUUUGUGUAAGUAGUGUGACUAAGGUUUUUCUGGUUUUGAUUUCGUCAUUGAGAUGCUUGCAUACAAAAGAAAGUUGCUGUGAUAUGUCAUAUAAUGUUUGUUAUUGUUCAAAGCUUUGUGAUGAUUUUUAGAAUGCAAAUUUAUAUGGGGAAUCUCAUGAAUGUUUCAGUGUUGGGAAUGGAGAAUACAGUUAUUGUACAUUGAUUUUAGUUGGUCAGUUUAUGUAUAAAGUUUAGUUUAGAAUGAUCGAGAAAGUUCUCCAUUGUUGAAUUGUGUAAUUUUAAGGGUAUGUUUGCCUUUCUCCGUUGUAAUUAAUGGUUUCAUUUUAUGUCCCUUUUAUAUACAUAUUUGAAGAAAAAAAAACAGGUUUAGUUAGGUAAUGGCGAUGUCUGUCAAUAGGUUUGUCUGAAAAAUAAGUGACCAUGCAUGCAGAUUUGUUUUCCUUAACCAUGUUACGAGGCUGAUACUGUCGUCCUGGUAUAAUGAGUUUGUUGUAUAGUUAUGGCUGUUCCAUAUUGUCUGUUUUCCUCUCUUUAUGCCAUGAAUGCUCAAACAAGUUUUUGCUUGCAGGUGUGUAAUUGGGAUCAUAAUAAUGUAGUUUACUGUGCUCUCAGACAGAUGUUUUAGUGGAGUUAUAGUCCUUACACUUAGUACUUUUUGUUGUCUGGGUUUUUUAUUUGCCAUACUUACAAGAUAUGGAGCUGACUUUUGUUGUACAGGUGUAUAAUUGGUAUCUACCUUGUUUUGGUCGGCUGAUUUUGAGUGAGUUUAUGGUCCUUACACUUUGUAAAAUAUUCGUUUUCUGCUCUUUUUUGCUAUGUAUGUUCUGACUGAGCUAAUUUUCGCUUUGCAGGUGUGUGACGAGGAUCUAUAGAAAGAGGUUUACUUUGGUUGGAUGAUUUUGAGCGGAGUUAUGACCUUUGCAUUCUAUGUUUUAAAUUUGUUUUCAUCUUCUGCCUUUUUAGCUCACCUGUCACAAAGUGACAAGGUGAGCUUUUGUGAUCGCGCGGUGUCCGUCGUCCGUCGUCCGUCCGUCCGUCCGUCCGUCCGUCCGUAAACUUUUGCUUGUGACCACUCUAGAGUUCACAUUUUUCAUUGGAUCUUUAUGAAAGUUGGUCAGAAUGUUCAUCUUGAUGAUAUCUAGGUCAAGUUCGAAACUGGGUCACGUGCCUUCAAAAACUAGGUCAGUAGGUCUAAAAAUAGAAAAACCUUGUGACCUCUCUAGAGGCCAUAUAUUUCAUGAGAUCUUCAUGAAAAUUGGUCAGAAUGUUCACCUUGAUGAUAUCUAGAUCAAGUUCGAAACUGGGUCACGUGCCAUCAAAAACUAGGUCAGUAGGGCUAAAAAUAGAAAAACCUUGUGACCUCUCUAGAGGCCAUAUAUUUCACAAGAUCUUCAUGAAAAUUGGUCAGAACGUUCACCUUGAUAAUAUCUAGGUCAAGUUCGAAACUGGGUCACGUGCCAUCAAAAACUAGGUCAGUAGGUCAAAUAAUUGAAAAACCUUGUGACCUCUCUAAAGGCCAUAUUUUUCAAGGAAUCUGUAUGAAAGUUGGUCAGAAUGUUCAUCUUGAUGAUAUCUAGUCAACUUCGAAACUGGGUCACGUGCGGUCAAAAACUAGGUCAGUAGGUCUAAAAAUAGAAAAACCUUGUGACCUCUCUAGAGGCCAUAUAUUUCACAAGAUCUUCAUGAAAAUUAGUCAGAACAUUCACCUUGAUGAUAUCUAGGUCAAGUUCGAAACUGGGUCACGUGCCAUCAAAAAAACUAGGUCAGUAGGUCAAAUAAUAGAAAAACCUUGUGACCUCUCUAAAGGCCAUAGUUUUCAUGGGAUCUGUAUGAAAGUUGGUCUGAAUGUUCAUCUUGAUGAUAUCUAGGUCAAGUUCGAAACUGGGUCACGUGCGGUCAAAAACUAGGUCAGUAGGUCUAAAAAUAGAAAAACCUUGUGACCUCUCUAGAGGCCAUAUAUUUCAUGAGAUCUUCAUGAAAAUUGGUCAGAAUGUUCACCUUGAUGAUAUCUAGGUCAAGUUCGAAAGUGGGUCACGUGUCUUCAAAAACUAGGUCAGUAGGUCAAAUAAUAGAAAAACCUUGUGACCUCUCUAGAGGCCAUAUUUUUCAUGGGAUCUGUAUGAAAGUUGGUCUGAAUGUUCAUCUUGAUGAUAUCUAGGUCAAGUUCGAAAGUGGAUCACGUGCCAUCAAAAACUAGGUCAGUAGGUCAAAUAAUAGAAAAACCUUGUGACCUCUUUAAAGGCCAUAUUUUUCAUGGGAUCUGUAUGAAAAUUGGUCUGAAUGUUCAUCUUGAUGAUAUCUAGGUCAAGUUCGAAACAGGGUCAUGUUCGGACAAAAACUAGGUCAGCAGGUCUAAAAAUAGAAAAACCUUGUGACCUCUCUAGAGGCCAUACUUGUGAAUGGAUUUCCAUUAAAAUUGGUCAGAAUGUUCAUCUUGAUGAUAUCUAGGUCAAGUUUGAAACUGGGUCACGUGCCUUAAAAAACUAGGUCAGUAGGUCAAAUAAUAAAAAAACCUUGUGACCUCUCUAGAGGCCAUACUUUUCAUGGGAUCUGUAUGAAAGUUGGUCUGAAUGUUCAUCUUGAUGAUAUCUAGGUCAGUUUCGAAACUGGGUCACAUGCGGUCAAAAACUAGGCCAGUAGGUAUAAAAAUUGAAAAACCUUGUGACCUCUCUAGAGGCCAUAUUUUUCAUGAGAUCUUCAUCAAAAUUAGUGAGAAUGUUCACCUUGAUGAUAUCUAGGUAAAGUUCAAAACAGGGUCACGUACCUUCGAAAACUAGGUCAAUAGGUCAAAUAAUAGAAAAACCUUGUGACCUCUCUAGUGACCAUAUUUUUCAAUGGAUCUUUAUGAAAAUUGGUCAGAAUUUUUAUCUUGAUAAUAUCUAGGUCAAGUUCAAAACUGGGUCACAUGAGCUCAAAAACUAGGUCACUAUGUCAAAUAAUGACGUCAUACUCAAAACUGGGUCAUGUGGGAAGAGGUGAGCGAUUCAGGACCAUCAUGGUCCUCUUGUUUGCUGAUUUUGAGCUGAUUUUUUUAUUGUUUUAGUUGAUAUUGAAGGCUUACAAAUGAAAGUUUAUGUCGAUUCUUGUUGGAGGAUUUUAGCAGAGGUGAGGCUCUAAGACUUACUAAAUGUUUACUUUUCCACACAUGUUAAUUGUAGUAAGGCAUUUUUGGGUUCACAGCAUUUUUUUUGAUUGCUAGUUAAUUAUUAGAAAGUUGUCAGAAUUUUCAGUGGGCAUUAUAGAUAGGUGAAAUGGCAGUGUGUAAUAUGUAGUAAUUAGUUACACUUAAACAAACUGGUUUUGGGGAAAAGGUGACAUUGCCAAAAUAGGUCACAUGAUGUCAUUUCAACAUCAGACUUCUUCCACAUUCUUAAAUUUGCCCACGUGUAAUGCAUCAUUUACCAUCAAUCAGAUUUGCAUAAUUCUCAAAAGAAAAUAAUUGGUCAUGUCUUUCAUUUAGAAUCCUAUUGCCUGGUUCUGAAUAAUAUCUGUGCUAUUAGGUAUUUAUACAGGACAAAUUAUUGGUACCAUGUAAAUUUGAAUUUUUGUAAGAGAAUACCACUAAUAUAAUCUGAAAUACCAGCAGUUAUAUUGAUCACAUGACUUUUUCAAAUAAAGUCAAAUUGAAUCAAUAUUUAUUUUUUUGUGAGUAAUUAUUAUAUAAUAUUAUAUGAUAUAAUCAUAUUUCUUCAUUUUUUCUUUUUCUCAUUUAUUUGAAUAUGAGAACAAUCCAAUCAUAAAUCAGUCACUAGUCUUAAGUUUGUUUUAACUAGAUUUAAAGAAAUAUUUAUUAUAUAUUUGAUUUGCCAGUUCAUGGGGCAUAAUAAUAAUUAUGUUGAUUGUUCUUAUAUUGUUGCAUUACAAAUCUGGUAUAUUGUAUAUUUAUUUAUGUAGUUGACCUGUAGUUAUUUUCUAGUUAAUGUUUCAUGUUUUCUUCAUAGUUCUGUUUGUCUCAGAUUUACAGUUGGAUUAACUUAUGUUUUGAUUACCAACAAAGUUCACACACAUAUUGUUACAGUGAAUCUGUGUAUGGGUGUAUACAUUGUACCUGUAUAGUAGAUAUUGUAUACAAACAUUAACAAUGAAAACAUGUUUUUCCUGAACAUCUUCAGUUUUAUAACAUCCUAUAGAAGGCUUUUUGUGUUCUUCAUUUUGUCUGGAGGGAUAUUUGUGUACUUUGGAUUUAUGUAUUUCUAAUUUAGAGCAUGUUGUCACGCAUUUUAAAUAUCCUGUUCUGCAAUGUUAAGGUGUGUAAACUAUCAUUUAGUUUCUAUUGUACAAUACAUUAAUUUGAAAUAAAUGUUUAAAAAAUUGUAGGUUUCAGUUUCCAAAAUUAUAAAAAAAAAAGCUUAAAACUCGCUCAUUCAUAAACAAUUUUUUUUACAUUUUAUCAUCUAUUACCAUCUCAGUUUCAAGUGUCCAGCUUAACUUCAGCAUUGAUGCAGCUCUUGUCCCACAGACAGUGGAUUUGACAAGAGCAGUUCAGGUGUAUGAUGUACAGUGCUCUUGUAUAAUACAGUUAAGUAUUUUUGCCUUUAAGGUUGUUGUCUAUAGGGUUAUUUUGAAGGAAAGUGGUCGAAUCGUAAGACCAAUGUUCUGUCAGUUAGAUAUGAAUUGUAGCAAAGUUCUAUUUGAAAAUUAUCUGUUUGUGCAUGUAAUUGUGGGAGACAAUUUAACAGAAUAUGUCUUAUAUAAAGUGUCAGUAUAUCAAGCUUGUCUAUCGUCCUGUACAGGAUGAAGGGUUUUGUAAAAUGUGAUACUAUAACAGACGAAAUUUAUCAUUGUCUAUGUUGUUAUUUAUGCAACUGUUAUACAUAAUUAUUUAGAUAAAAUGUGCUUACAGUCGAAA